AUGCAGUUCACUCUCUCCGCCGCUGUCCUCGCCUUUGCUGGCCUUGCCGCUGCCAUCCCUGCUCAGCAGGAUGCUCCUCGCUUCUCCGUCCCCGACAGCCUGACCGUCGAGCAGGCCCAGUCCAAGUGUGGUAACCAGGCUCAGCUCUCUUGCUGCAACACUGCCACCUACGCUGGUGACACCACCGAUAUCAACUCCGGCAUUCUUUCUGGCGCUCUCUCAAACCUCAUCGGUGCCGGCUCUGGUGCCAAGGGCCUUGGUAUCUUCGACCAGUGCUCCAAGCUCGACGCCCAGAUCCCUAUCAUUGGUAUCGCUGCUCAGGACAUCCUCAACCAGAAGUGCAAGCAGAACAUCGCCUGCUGCGCCAACUCACCCUCCGAGGCCAGCAACGACCUCGUCGGUGCCGGUCUUCCUUGCAUUGCCCUUGGCUCUAUUCUCUAA